CCACCCUGUCAGGGUGAGCUUGAGCCCAAGGCUCCCUCGGGUACUGUGUCCCUGCUCUAGGGCCUUCAGCCCCAUACCUCACGGUAGUGGCAUGUCACAGGAGGCCACAGAGGCACCAGCAAUGCCAGGAGCAGGCCAUGGGCAUAACAAAGCCAAGGCAUGUUUGCUUCUAGGCACUGACAGGAAGAGGAGCCGCCUCAGCAGGACAAGGCAGGACCUGUGGGACGACACUAGGUGGAACAAUCACAGAUUGAGCAGAGCCACCUCUGCCCCUCGAGGGACCAGAGCUAGGGGAACAGCUCAUGGCAGGAGUGAGGCCAGCCCGGAGAACGCGGCACGGGAACGGACUCGGGUAAAGACACUGCGUCAGGCCUUUCUGGCCCUGCAGGCUGCUCUGCCUGCAGUGCCACCUGACACCAAGCUUUCCAAGUUGGAUGUGCUAGUGCUGGCCACAAGUUACAUCGCCCACCUCACCCGAACACUUGGCCAUGAGUUGCCUGGCCCUGCCUGGCCUCCCUUCCUCCGUGGACUCCGUUACUUGCACCCUCUUAAGAAGUGGCCCAUGCGAUCUCGUCUCUAUGCAGGAGGUUUGGGAUGCUCUGGCCUCGAUUCCACCACAGCCAUCACUACCGGCCAAAGAUGCAGGGAUGCAGAGCUGGGGUCCCAAGUCUCUGUAGCAGCAGAUGGUCUCCUCCCCUCACCGGUCUCUCCAACUCUUGGUAACAAAUGACGACCACGAUCAUCCUAUUCUUUUAGACUGUGACAAUACCUAAGGACCUGGAUUGUCUGCCUGCUCUGCCUGUCUUCCCCUUGACUCUCAGCCUCUGGAUUUGACUCAGGCUCAAGUUCCAAGUUCAAGUUUGGCUUCUGGCAGGCAGAGAAAGCAGUAAUGAUAUCAAUGGUAGAGAGUCCCGAGGAAACCCAGGAUGUAGUUCACCUUUGGCUCUUCUACAGUAGUGACAGGAAGUGAAAGAGAGUUUGACAUGGUUCAAAGUCAAGUUAGAGAAUCAUAUUCCCCCCCACCCCCCGGGGCUCUUCAAGACAAGAAGGCAAGAAGACAGAAAUUGCUCUGCCAGUACCGAGUGGGGCUAGGCCCACAGUAGCCCCAGGUGCUCACAGGUAUACCAGGGGGCCUAAAGGGCUUUUGGUAGCAGUAAGUAUGAACACAUCUGGGGUCAGGUCACAAAGUCAGAGAGAAAACUGAAGAAUGGAGUGCGAUUUUUUUUUUAAUUUCUCUACAAGAUGUUUAUCCAACAUCAAAGAGUUUAGAGUCCUUCUCCCUGGAAUAUGGUGACAAGUGGGUCCCUUGUCACUGCCUUCCUACACCAGGGCCCUGCAGCCUUUCACAUGUCAGGAGAUGAAGCCCCCAGACUUACAUGGCUUACAAUCCAGAGAAACUUAGUUAGUCCCAGCUAUCUAGGGUCAGAUCAUUUUAACACACAGGCAGCUCUGCCUUUGCUCAAGGAGGCAGCCCCUCACAGCCCUGCCUACAAAGGACAACAACACUCCCAGCUUUAUCCCCUUGAAGGGCUCAAGACAAAGCAGGUGCAUCACUCUCAUGGGGUGAUAAGCAAUGUUCUCUUUGGUAUGUUAGAAACCUCACCUCAAGACAAUAUAAGACAAGGUGGGCUUCAGCAUGACUCCUGUACCAUCAGCAACAGGGGCUUUAUGGGUUUUGAUAUAACUGUACAUUUCUAAAUAUCAGCACCCAGGGCCAAGUACUUCCCACAGGCAUUGACAUCCUAGGCUUGCCCCAAAAGUUCUCUAGAGCUUUAGUGGCACUUGUCCUUGACUCUGAAGAAAUAACUAGAGACAAAGCAUACACUAAGAUGGGCUUUCCAAGACAGGUAUAGUUUCAGGUUGGCUCCUGGGGUCUAAACAUAGCAGAAACUGCCUUCCUCUCAAAUUUCAGCCACCGAGGCCAACUGGAGUCCCAACAGGGUGCUCAUGAGUGGAGGCUCGGCAGGCUGGGAGGGACUGGAUCUGCUCCUCCAUAGGGCUGAGCCCCUACAGCAUCCAGGAAAAGGGGGUUGAUGGGGUGACUCAGCAAGCUGGGGUGGAGAGAGAAGACACAGAACGUCCCAGCCUCAGCUGCAUGGGCUGUGGGAGAGCAGCUGGGCUGUGGCUGGGAGCCAUGACGGACAGCCUCAGCCAAGGCCAAACCCAUAAAUCUGCCUGGUCCCACAUUUCUCCUCAGGGACCCUGAGAACUUGUACAGAGCUGAUCCAGCAGCUGGACGGGGCCAGGCAGGGGCAGAGACCAGGUGUGGGAGAGCAGGAACAGUCUUCUUCACAAGACCAUAAAAGUCCAGCCUGGGUGUUCUAUUUUUAAAACCAAAUAGCAGCAUCUCCCUGGUCGAGUUGGAGGGUGGUAAAAAGGAGUGUGCCUGAUUUCUCCUCAGUCGGUGACAUAUGACCUGUCUCUGGGCAGGCUGGAAACUGGCUUUGGGUGCAUGCUGGGAGUCUGUUCAGAGAUUAAAGCAUCUCCCAGUAAUUGAGUAGAGUUUGAUCUGGAGCUUGACAUGUCUGCCCUGUCUAGACUCAAGCUUUUGCCACAUUUGACAACCCUUCAGAGAUGACCACAUAACACCACCCUGGUGAGGAAUCUGAGGAGGGAAAGGAGGGUGAAGUUAGUAAAGGUCAGGUAAAGAACAACUCCUACCAGGAAGGUGCUUUGUUUUGUUUUGUUUUGUUUUGUUUUGUUUUGUUUUGUUUUGUUAUGUUUUCUUGACAUGGCUCACUGUGUAGCCCAGGCUGGAUUUGAACUUGAAAUCCUUCUGCCUCAGCAAGGACUAUGGGCUCACAGGCCUGUACCACUCUGCCUAAUUAGAACAAAUUUCUAAAUCUGUUACCAGGGAAUCUGUUUUUCCCACUGACUAGGACAGUCACCUGGCACAGUCACCCUGAGGAGCCAGAGGGGUUGGGUUGUGGAGAGGGGAACCAAAGGAAGACCCAGGGCAUGACUAGGCCUCACCCUCCCUGACCAGCACAAUGCUUCCCUUGAGAAGCACCACACUGGAGACUGGGGUCUGUAAGUCAAGCCGAACAAGGAAUGAACCUCUUUGUUUCCACAACAGAGGAAGAAGAGCACCUGCUGACUGGGAGAGCUAUGCUCACCUGUGCUGGGGGCAGCGGAUAAGAGCGGUUGGAGGCAGCAGAAGAAGCUGAAAUCUGUCUCCAACAGUGGCUAUUGUUCCCUAGGAAUAGCAUGUACAGGGAAGAGUGUGCAAAAGUUAAGGAGCACAGAUGGCCGAUGGUGUGUGGGUGCCCUGGUCCGGGAGUCAGAGGGAUGGCUGCACCCUCCGAACCUAGUUCAGUUUUCUUCCAGUCCCUCUCAGGGUGAGAUGCAGGUAGAGUGGAGAGGAAGACCUCCCUGUUGCCUCCUUCCGUUUGUCUGGCUGUGCCGCAAGAGGUCAGUACUGAGGCUUAGAUAGAGCUCUGGGAGGGCAGAACUCGUCCAGCGCAGCACAGGAGUUCCCCUUUGGUGACAACGGACAAUGGCUAAUCUUGACUGUCAACUUCUUUGGAUUGAGAGAUGACUAGAGAGUUAGUAAAGUAGACCUCUGGGUUUGUCUGUGAGGACUUCUACCUCCUGAAUGGCUUAGUCCAUGGAUGGAUUCAAAAUAGACUAUUGAUAAGCUGGGCAUGGUAGUACCUGCUUUUAAUCCUAGCACUCAGGAGACAGAGGCAGGGGUAUCUCUGUGAGUUGGAGACAGCCAGGCCAACCAGUGAGACACUGCCUCAAAAACAAAAUUAGACUAGUGGGUGGCAGUGGGAUUGUGGACAGGCUGGAGGUAGGGGCUGGGGCUGUGUGCUUGGGGCUGUAUAUUGUCCCUGACUCCCUCCAUGUAACUGCCGCACCCCUGCCUCUGUCUGCCAUGAGAAAGAGCCGUCCCUUCCACAUACUCCCAAAACCAUGACACCAAGAAGCUGUGGACUGAUCUCUCUGGGACUUUGGACCAAAAUAAAUCUUUCCUACUUUACAUUGUCUCUAUUUAGAAUUUGGUCACAGCAAUGUGGACUCUAACGAAGAGUAAGAAGAUCAA